AUGGCGACCCCCGGAACCGCAGCCAAACUCCUCGGGCGCGUAGCGUCGCAGGUGUACAUAAAGACAUUUCCCGCUCCCAAGAACCUGAGCGAGCGCCGGCAGGUUCUCGCAUCGCUGCAGAAAUUCGGCGAAGUGACGACCUUCCUCAGCCUAAAAUACCAAUCCUCCAGGACAGAACUCAAAAACCACCGCCCAAUCCUCGCCAUCUUCGACUCCGGCGAUGCGGCAGACCGCGCGCGCGCCGCCUCGCCGAUAACCGUCACGCUUCAACCCGACUCCUCCGCGAAUUCCUCUUCCACCAAGGCCGAGUCACAACCCCAGACGAUAUCAUGCACGAUCGAAGCAUCCAUGCACGACCACGAUGCGUCGAUUCAGCGCAACCCGUUUCACGGGACGUACGGCACCGUCUCGAAACAUGGAACGAUCUGGCAAGAUAUGAUGGGUCCGAAGUCUCGCGUGCCGCUCAGAGGACUGGCGGAUGUGCUGCAGUCGUCUAGAAAACACUCUGUUCACCAUGAGAGCCGGUCGGGCGAGGAGUCAGAGUUGUUCAAUGACGUGAGCAGUUUAAUAGGGCUUUGGGAGGAGGGGAUGCAGAGUGCGGAGACGAAGAAGGAAGACAAGGAGUCGGAGACGGAGACGGAGAGGGAGAAGGAGGAAGAUAAACCAAGAACUGGAUUGAAGAGGGUAUCUCGGCAGAUGCAGAGGAAGGAAAGCGAAGAUGAGAGUGACUCUAUGCCUUGGGAGCGUGGGUAUUGA